AUGUCAGACACCAAGCAUCCUCUCUCCCUGCUGGAUGCAGUCCGCUCCCAACUCACCAUUGACUCUGACUCGGAAGACUCGCAGAGCACCGUCGUCAACAUCACUCACGAAGAUACCCGGACUGACCCCACGGACACGCCCCUCGACCAAAGCACAUCCACGAACCCGAGCCUCGUCCUGAUCCAAAGCCCCAACGACCGAGAGCCCUUUCCAGAUUUCGACGGGGAGCUCGCCGAGGUCUACAAAGAGUGCGAUCGUGAGUACACUGAGGCCAUCAUAGCAGCCGUGCACGCGCAGAUCCGCAAGAAAGAGAUCGACCCGCUCAUCAUCGCGCCACCGGGCCAACCAGAGGGGAAGCGCGUGGCCCUGGAACGCAUAAGGGACCUCCUGGCGACCCCGCAGAUGCGCAAGACCACUCGCAAGCGCUUCGUUGUCCUCACUAAUUUGAUCAUCCGUCUGGACCAUGUCCUCUUCCGACGCAGCGAGGUGUUCCUGGGCCCGCGGGACACUGCCGAUGCUGCGGCGAUUGUCAAGCAGAUGCUGCCGUAUUUGCAGUGGGCCGACAACAUGUUGCGGGAGCUGGUCGUCGUGGCUGACAAUGUCUUUGGGAUUAUGGGAUACCUUGCGGAGGAGGACUGUUCGGUCAUUCACAAAUAUCGGCACAUGUCGAUUGUGGCAGUGGCCCAUCUCCGCAAGCCCCGUUUACUGGAGCAGCGCCUUCUCUCGUUGUACCUCGAGCUCUACGAUGAGUGGAUCCACAAUCGCUUCCUCCACAUGAGCAACCGUAUGAUCAUGAGAGAGGAUCAGAUUGAACCGGCGUGCCUGGCCUUGACUGGCCACCUGCAUGAGAUCUGGGAGAUCCUGUCGCGGUCCGUGGACAACUACGCCACAUACCGCGUACGAUUAGCCGACAUUCGCAACGAAUAUAUCGUGCCAAUCCAGGAGAUGGUCGAGUUGCCCAACGAGCCGGAUGUAGAAGAUUUUGUUGUGGAGGAGCUCCCGCCCAUUGAACUCAACUAG